AUGGCUAACCUACAGAAAGCAGAGUUCACGUUGUCGCAGAGAGAGGAGGAAAACAGGUUCUACACGGAGGUCCACACGUAUCGACUGCACGUUGACAGACAGGUAGCCACUCACUGGAAGUGUAUCAUCGACAAGUGCAAGGGUAGAUGCAGCACCAUUGGGGAUCACAUCACUUCAGUAUCAGAACACAACCAUCCUCCACUAGUGAAUGAAGAAGAGAGUCGACUUCUCACCAGACUUAGACAACGCGUUCAAGAAGAGAUCAAGCCUGUCCAGCAAAUCUACAAUGAAGAGACCCAGAACCUAGACGAAGAAGCUGCUGCUACUGUUGCUUCCUUCUACAGUAUCAAGUCUGGACUCUACCGUCAGCGUGCCAAGGUUCUUCCACCAGUCCCACGUACCCGUGCUGAUGUAGACCUCACAGGUUCCUGGACUGAGACAACAGACGGACAACAGUUCCUGGUUGUAGACAGCAAAGAUGAAGACAGGAUCCUGAUCUUCAGUACCGCAGAGAUGCUGGACAUCCUCGCCAAUGCAGAAACCAUCUACAUGGACGGAACAUUUUUUGUGUGUCCCAGCCUGUGGCAACAAGUCUACAUUGUGCACUGCCUUGUGGAUGGACAGAUGUUCCCAGUCGCCUUCUCCCUGCUGCCAAGCAAGUCUCGUGAUACAUACAUUAGAUUGUUUAACUACUUGAAGGACUCUGUGCUUGCUAUUGUCGGCGUUGAACUUUCUCCCUCCGUUGUACAGACUGACUACGAAGCUGCUGCUAUUGGAGCCACUGAGAGAGUCUUCCCCGAUGCAGAAGUCCGUGGAUGCUACUUCCACUUCACCCAGGCGGUUUGGCGGCAGGUUUCAGAGAAAGGCCUUGUGAACACCUACAAGGACAACCGUGCCUUCAACACCCACGUGCGACGUGCUGCAGCACUCCCCCUCCUCCCAGUGGAUCAGAUCCAAGAUGCCUGGAUGGAAGUAUUGAACCAGUCUCCCGACGUUGACGGAAUCGGCCAGUUCAACGACUACAUCACAUCUACAUGGGUUGACUACGACGCAAGAUUCCCACCUCGCAUUUGGAAUCAACAUGGAAACACUGGGCCAAGAACAAACAAUCACUUGGAGGAUUCCACCUUGGAUUUAGAAGCUGGUUCCAGAAGCACCACCCGAACAUUUACGAGUUUGUGA